AGCCAUUUUGGCCCCCGCCGCAGGACCCCGAGACCCCCUUAGGCCCCGGCUCGGCCGAGCGCAGCGCGCGCGUUGCCCGGGGCUGCGCGCCUCGCCGCUCGGCCGCCUCGCUUCCAGGCAGCCAUGGCGGAGCCGGAGGCGUCCAACGUCCUGGUCAUCUCGUCGCUGCCGUCGGGGAUAGACGAGAAGAUGGUGAAGCAGGUGCUCGGGCCGUACGGGGGCAUCCGGUUUCUCACCAUGCAGCCCCACCAGCGGGCCGCGAGGAUCACGUUCAGCGACGCGGGCGAGGCGAAGUGGAUCCGCGAGAACCUGGAUGGCAACAUCCCGGAGGGCCUGACGGAGCCGGUCGCGGUGCGCUACGCGCCGACCGCGGCCGCGCCGAGGCCAGCGGUCACUGGCGGCGGCGGCUGCGGCGGCGGCGAUGGCGGCGGCUGGGGCGGCGGCGGGAAGGGCGGCGGCGGCAAGGGCGGAGGCGGCUACUCGCCGUAUGGCGGCGGCGACUGGGGCGGGAAGUGCGGCGGGAAGGGCGACUUGGGCGGGAAGGGGGGCGGGCCGGGCAUCACCGUGAUCAAGCAGGGCCUGCGCUGGUCGCUGCCGGGCUCCGGCUGGCAGGCCGGCGACCCGGAGCUCUACAUCGGCGGGCUGCCGCCCGACACCACCGAUGGGGACCUCUACGAGAUUUUUGCGACCUUCGGCGCCAUCCCGCCCCGGGGCGUGAAGGCGAUGCUCAGCCCCGAAGGCCAGUGCACGGGGGUGGGCUUCGUGAACUUCAUCAAACUCGAGGACGCCCAGAGGGCCUGCGAGGCGCUGAACGGCACGAUGCUGCCCAACGGUCAGUGGAUGAAGGUGAACCUGAAGAGACGGGUGAACAAGGGCGAGGGGAAGGGCAAGGAGUCGGCCUGAGACCGGGCCGAGGUGGCGCGGAGGCGAGUCUGGAGGCUGUGCCCAACGGCGGGCUGGGCGCCUCAGCCUGCUCCUCCU